CGCCCGCGCCCACCGGCACGACAAACCAACCGGUGCGACGGACGGACGGACGGGUGGAGCUAGAUUCCCGUCGUCCCCACGCGCCCGCGCCCACAAUCAUCCGCGCGUUUACCACCUCCACCAUGGACGCACGCGCGCUGCUGGCCGCCGCCUAGCUACUGCCAGUGGUGGCAGUGCGCCCGCCAGUGCCGUGCCCCCACUCAGCCACUGACGAGCCUGACCGAUAACUCUGUUGAUGGCUGCUGCUGCCGGCUGCAUCCCGUCCGGUCCGGGUAGCGAGCGGCUCAAGCUUCACAAUCACAAAUCCCUCCGGAUAGGUGGUGCGUGCGUGGUGGACAGGCAUGGCGGUGCCGCGGCGGCUCCCGGCGGCGGCGGCGGCGCUCGCCCUCCUCCUCGUGGCGGCGGCGGGCGCGCUCCCGCGCGGCGCGGACGCGCAGCUCUCGGCGGGGUUCUACUCCGCGAGCUGCCCCGCCGUGCACAGCGUCGUGCGCCAGGUCGUGUCGCAGGCGGUCAUGAACGACUCCCGCACCGGCGCCGCCGUCCUCCGCCUCUUCUACCACGACUGCUUCGUCAACGGCUGCGACGCCUCGCUGCUGCUGGACGACACGCCCGCGACGCCCGGCGAGAAGGGCGCCGGCGCCAACUCCGGCGGCUCCACCUUCGGCUUCGACCUCAUCGACACCAUCAAGUCCCAGGUCGAGGCCGCCUGCCCCGGCGUCGUCUCCUGCGCCGACAUCCUCGCCCUCGCCGCGCGCGACAGCGUCAACCUGCUCGGCGGGCCGAGCUGGGCGGUGCCGCUGGGCCGGCGCGACGCGACGUUCCCGAAUGCGACGGGGGCCGGCACGGACCUCCCGGGCCCGGGCUCCGACCUCGCCCGCCUCGUGGCCGCCUUCGCCGCCAAGGGCCUCCCGUCGCGGGACCUCGCGGCGCUGUCGGGCGCGCACACGGUGGGCAUGGCGCGGUGCCUCAGCUUCCGGACGCGCGCCUACUGCGACGACAACGUGAGCCCCGCGUCCGCGGCCCGGAUGCGGGGGGCCUGCCCGGCGUCCGGCGGGGACGACGCGGCCGCGCCGCUGGACGCCGCCACCCCCGCCGAGUUCGACAACGGGUACUACCGGAACCUGGUCGCCGGCGCCGGGCUGCUGCACUCGGACCAGGAGCUCUUCAACAACGGGCCCCUCGACGCGCUCGUGCGGCUCUACAGCGCCAACGGCGCCGCCUUCUCGUCGGACUUCGCCGCGUCCAUGGUCAGGCUCGGGAACGUCGCCCCGCUCACGGGCUCCGCGGGGGAGGUCAGGCUCGACUGCAGGAAAGUGAACUCGUCCUGAAUCGUGAUGUGCAUCGCAUUCACGAUGAUGCCGGCUUGAUGCUAAUUCAUUAGCUCUGUACGUGAACUUCGUAGAGUUUUCAUUUGUUCAGAGGCUCAGAGCUAUGUAUGUAUGCAUACAUUUCUUUUCUUGGAAAUAUACUGCUCAUUCUUUUAUUUAA